AUGGCGAAUAAUAGUCGGGGACAAUGUGAAGAGGAAAGAUGUCCAGGAAUUUUGUCUCGCAAUGUUCUGAGGAAAUGCCAAAGAGGAGUCCAACUUCAAGAGCUUCAAGUGUUAGAUUUUGAGAACCUGGCGGCUGCAACAAACAACUUCGAUCCUGCCAAUAAGCUUGGCAAGGGUGGUUUUGGUGUAGUUUACAAGGGAAAGUUCCAAGAUGGGCAGGAAGUAGCAGUGAAAAGACUUUCAAGAGCAUCUAGACAAGGGAUAGAAGAAUUCACGAACGAGGCGACUGUGAUUUCUCAACUUCAACACCGGAAUCUCGUGAGGCUUCUCGGAAGCUGCAUUGAUGGGGAAGAGAAGAUGUUAGUAUAUGAGUACAUGCCAAACAAGAGCUUGGAUAUUUUUCUCUUUGAUUCACACAAUGCAAAACUUCUUGAUUGGAGAAAGCGUUUCAACAUUAUAGAAGGGAUCAGUCGAGGUCUUUUAUAUCUUCACAGGGAUUCAAGAUUACGAAUUGUACAUAAAGACUUAAAAGUAAAUAAUAUUUUAUUAGAUGAAGAACUAAACCCUAAAAUUUCAGAUUUUGGGUUAGCAAAGAUUUUUUUUGACAAUGAAAGCCAAGCCACUACUAAAAGGAUAUUCGGUACAUACGGUUAUAUGGCACCCGAAUAUGUAAUGAGAGGACAAUUUUUAGAAAAAUAUGAUGUUUUUAGCUUUGGGAUAUUGACAUUAGAGAUUAUCAGUGGAAGAAGAAACUCAAGUUUUCAUGAGGAUGAGCAUUCAUUGAGCCUUUUGGGAUACGCAUGGAAACUGUGGAAUAAGGACAACAUCUUGGCCUUCAUAGAUCCAGCUGUAUCAGAUUCAAGUUUUGACGGGGAAAUCCUGAAAUGCAUACAUGUUGGACUACUAUGUAUGCAAAACUUUGCGACAGAUAGGCCAACCAUGUCAACCGUGACUUCGAUGCUUAGUACUGAGACAGAAAAUCUUCCGGCACCAAAGCAACCUCCAUUCAUUGAUGAGAAAGCUGCCAUUGGUCACUUUCAGUUACAAAGCCAAAAUACCUGGGAGCGUUGA